ACAAAAAUGGCCUCCUUUCUCUCAAAAACUAAUCGUCAAAUUUUGAUUACUCUUCUCAUUUCUUUCGAAACAAUUUGCAUUAUUUCUUCAUUAGAAUUAACUGAUCUUGGAGAGCCGGUAAACUGUAAAAGCUUAUAUGAUCAGGCUAACAAGACAAUAACCGAUCUUGGCUCCAACUGGCGAGAUGAACUUGAAAAAAUGCGUAAAAACUAUACAGAAGAGAUUACACAAUGCAAACAAAAUUUAAAUACAACAGAAUAUCCACAAGUCGGUGAAUAUCUUGAUUACGAAUUAAAUCUUUUUGGCGACUGCGCAAGUUCGAAUACAUGGCAAACAGUGGGAAUCAUAUUCAUUAUUGCUUUUGUGCUUUCAACUGCUGGAUUAGCUGUUGUUUCAGUUUUAUAUUACAAGAAUUUGAGACGAAAUAUUUAA